AUGGAGUACAGCCGUCACGAGCAUGAGUCGGCAGAAGACUACGCUGCCAGGCUGCUGGGUAUGUUGCAGGAGCGCGAUGCGCGCGAUGCAUUGAGGGAGCAGGAAGUAGAGCCUGGAGCAGAGGAGCAAACAGCUGAAGCCACAACAGAUCCCGGCCAGAGCGCUGAAAGUGGUUUGCUGGAUGCGGAAGCCGUCCUUGUUGCACAGUCUGCGGAGAAGCAGAACCCCAUGGUCCUGGAGCUUUUGAAGGGCUUACAGAAAUGUGCGGUUUAUACUGACACGCCGAACCAUGAGACCAACCGAAAACUUUGGGAUGCCUAUGCCCAGUCUUGGAGUUCAAAUGUGGAUUGGGUGCAGCGAAUGUCAGGCCACGUUUCUCGACAAGCUGAAGAGUUACAGUUCUUGGGGGAUGAAUGGUCUGAUAUCGAGUCCUUGGAUGCCGUUUUGAGCUACUGGCUGUACCCGCAUCUCCAGGACGGAAGCCUGACAGUUGCAGAGGUUGGAAGCGGUGGCGGCCGGAUUGCUGCAAAAGUGGCGCCCAAAGUUCAACGCCUGGUUUGCUUUGACGUCAGCGAGGGCAUGCUCGCCCGUGCCAAAAGCCGAAUAGUGGGCGAGCUUGGGCAAAAGCAUGUGGACUUCCAACUUAUAUCUGGGGAUGCUGCGUACCCCCAGAAGUAUAACUGCUCCUUCGAUUUCGUCUACUCAUUUGAUGUUUUUGUUCACAUGGAUUUGCACCAGAUGCGGCAAUCCCUGCUGUGCAUGCAUUCCAUAUUACGGCCGAGCGGGCUUUGCUUUGUGUCUUUUGCUAACCUGCUGGCACCUGAUGGCUGGCGAAGGUUUGCCAAGCAACAGCACUACAGCGUGGGUGGCUUCUACUUUGUGUCUCCAGAUAUUGUUCGGUGCUUGUUGAGACGCACGGGCUUCAGCCUGGUUAGCAUAUCAAAGUCAGAGCAAGGCAACAUAUACCUCAAUCGCGACAUCCUUGUCAUUGCUCGAAAAGCCUGA